AAUCCUGUAAAAUCCAACUCCAUGGCUAAUUCAGAUCUCUCAAUGGUUCUGCCUAGGGUUCUCAUCGUCUCCCGCCGCACCGUCCGCAAGAACAAGUUUGUAGAUUUCGUCGGAGAAUAUCAUCUAGAUCUAAUUGUGAGCUAUGGAGCAGUACCUAUUAUUGUUCCACGAGUCAGCGGAGUCCAUACGCUACUCGAAAGCUUUGAACCGAUCCAUGGGGUUCUCCUAUGCGAAGGGGAAGACAUAGAUCCAUCAAAUUACGACGCAGAGCUCUCGGGGUUCACCUCCGAGGAGCUUCAAGAAAUCGGGAAGCUACAUUCAAGUGACACAGCCAUAGACAAAGAGAAAGACUCCAUUGAACUGAGGCUGGCGAAGCUUUGCCUAGAGAAGAACAUACCCUACUUGGGAAUAUGCCGAGGUUCGCAAGUCCUCAAUGUGGCUUGUGGAGGUACAUUGUACCAAGAUGUGGAGAAGGAGCUCGAGAAAGAGUGCCCGGAUCGGAAUCAGAGAGUGACGCAUAUGAACUAUGAUGAUUACGAUGGACAUAGACAUGUGGUGAAGGUGGUGGAGAAGACUCCUCUUCAUCAAUGGUUUAGAGAUUCUUUGGAUGAUGAGAAAAUGGAGAUGAGGGUUAAUAGUUAUCACCAUCAAGGUGUUAAGAGAUUGGCGCAGAGGUUUGUGCCAAUGGCUUUCGCCCCUGAUGGUUUGAUCGAAGGGUUUUAUGAUCCGGAUGCUUAUAAUCCUGAUGAAGGUAAGUUCAUCAUGGGACUUCAAUUUCAUCCAGAGAGGAUGCGGCAACCUGAUUCGGAUGAUUUUGAGUAUCCAGGAUGUGCAUAUGCAUACAAGGAGUUUGUUAAAGCAGUAGGAGCUUAUCAAAAGAAGCUCCGUCAGUCGACGGAGUGCGUGCCGAAAGCUCCAAAGCUUAAUCAUGAGCUAGAGAUGAAGAGGAAGAGCCUCCUAAGGAGCUUCUCAGUUGCCAAAAGCAUGUAUUCUAAGCGCGGAAGUAUGGCAAUCAAAGAAUCUGAACUGGAAGUUGGAGCUGAGUUUCUAGAGUCAAAUACAGCAUUGAGUUUGCAGCAAGAAAAAAGGCUAAAGCAAAUGGGUGCAACUGUGAGAAAUGCUUCGGCGUAUAUGGAGCGAAUGAAGAUGGGCGAGGACAGGGAGAGAGUUGCAAGGGCCAUCAUUGGGAAAAUGUCCAUAGAGCAGAUAUCUGAAUUGAUGUCAUUCUACCGCAUCAUGACUCAGAUAUGUUCCGACUCUUUAGAGAAGAAGUUAACAGACCAAGCAAGUUGAUCAAUUGCUUACUUAUCCAUCUGCUUGCUGUGCAUACCAUAUGGUAUCCCAGUGCAAUAUGCUGGAUUUCUAAGCUUCCUUGCUAGUCAGUAGCCACUGCUUCAUCUUCUGUAACAGUAUAAGAAGUUCCAUUACCCCGAGAAGUGCCAGAACGAUUCGAUGAUAGUCGGUAGAAAUUUGAUUUCCAAUAGGCGAAAGGAAUCAAGAGCAUCAGUUUGAGAGGGCAGCUUACUUCCCAGCCAGUGCUUUCAUCGUCUGCAUAGUUUUUUUACUCUGAAAGUAACCAUGUAUUCAACAACAAUAUAAGUUCCAUUACCCAGCUCGUAUGGUAGUUAUCAGAAAUUUAAUCUCCAUUCAGUGAAAGACAUCAAAACGAUAAUUU